GUGUGUUGAAGUAAAAAAUUCAAUUUAUCAUUUUGGAUUGAAGUUAGCUUGGAAAUGAAUCAUUUGAAUAACUUUGUAUAAGUGAAGGAGGAACAGCUGGCCUAAAUUUGCUCUGCAUCUGCCGGACAGCAUCUUAAGUUUGUAAUGAUGCUGAAAUAAGCUGAGACAAAAUGUUCUUUAAUGCGUAUGAUCUUCCCUAUUUUCCAUGUUGGGUUGAUCGAUGGAAGAUAUGUCUAAUUUCUUGUUAGAAUGUGGAAUCUUGAGUCUUUUGCCAAUCUGAACUUUGACGUUCAUGCCAUUGGUUGAUUUCUAAUGAGUGGUUAGGCCGCCCCACCCAUUAGAUGCCUUGAACAACCGGUUGAUGACAUUGCUCCAGGGGUUCUAUAAAUUGUGGAACACAAGGCAGUUGGAGCAAGAAAGGAAGCACUUGAAGAUGGGUAAUGCUAUAACAUUGACAGUCAUACUAAUUCUUUUCUGUGGAUCAGCAUAUGGAAAGAGAUCAAUGCUAUAUUCAGUGAAAGGUCUGGAUGUUGUGACUGCGUUGGCCCCAUCUGCCAGUGAUGGGAUUUGCAAAACACUAGUGGAGAUACACGGCUAUCCUUGUGAAGAACAUACGGUAACUACACAAGAUGGAUUUAUUCUUGGCCUACAGAGAAUUCCAGGGGGGGCAGCUGGUGGGACUCCAGGAAACAAGACACCAGUUCUAUUACAACAUGGCAUACUAAUGGAUGGAGCAGUGUGGGUGAUGUUACCUCCAGGUCAAUCUUUGGCAUUCCUCUUGGCAGAUAAUGGAUUUGAUGUGUGGCUUGCCAAUGCAAGAGGAACUGAAUCUAGCAGUGGACACACAUCGCUUCGUCCAAAUGACCCGGCUUUCUGGAAUUGGUCAUGGGAUGAAUUAGCAGGUUUUGAUCUCCCUGCUACAUUUCAAUAUGUGCACAACCAAACAGGACAGCAGCUGCACUAUGUUGCUCAUUCACUGGGAACUUUGACUGCUCUGUCGGCCUUUUCCAAAAAUCAGUUGUUGGAUAUGAUGAGAUCAGCUGCCCUAAUUGGACCUGUUGCCUACAUGGGUCAGAUAACAUCUCCGGUUGCAAAAGUGGCUGCUGAUGUCUUAACUGGCAAUGCAUCAUUCUGGCUAGGUGUUGCUGAAUUUGAUCCAAUGGGGGAUGCAGGUAGAACACUGAUCAAUGAUGUCUGCAGUACACCAGGUGUUGACUGUAGUGAUUUGUUGACUGCCUUCACAGGUCCCAACUGCUGCUUGAACAGGUCCAUGCUUGGUGUUUUCUUAAGCCAUGGGCCUCAGUCAACAGCAACAAAGAACCUCAUCCAUCAGUCUCAGAUGAUCAAAAAAGGAACCAUAACAAUGUAUGACUACAACAAUGAAGAUGAAAACAAGAAACACUAUGGACAGCCUACACCACCAGUGUAUGACAUGACACACAUUCCAAAUGAUGUUCCCCUCUUCCUUGGGUGUGGAGCAAAGGAUGCUCUUUCUGAUACCAAAGAUGUGCAGCUUUUGCUGGAUAACCUAAAAGAUCAUGUUAAAGAUAAACUAGUGGUUCAGACCAUUGAAAAUUAUGCUCAUGUAGAUUUUAUCUUUGCUGAAAAUGUUAAGCAAAUUAUAUAUGAUCCUCUUAUCGCUUUCGUAAAGCUUCAUUGAAGAUAUUGCUUGGGAAGAAUCCUGUGGCAAGAUGUGUUUCUUGCUGUUUCUUUCCCCUUCAAUGCUGUCAGUGGCUGUGUGGUGUUAAAUAAAACUGCUUGACCUUUAUGUCAGUAAAAUUGAUUGCAAAAA